CUUGUAAAUAGAUCAUUUUUAUGAGCCUUCACUAUCGUCGAUGGAGGUAACCACGGACCAGGCCCGCUGGAUUGGUCAUCAUCAUCCAGCGGUACUGAACGGUCAGCAUCCCGACUCUCACCACCCGGCCUUUGGCCACUCCUACAUGGACCCGUCUCAGUACCCCCUCGCUGACGAUGUGGAUGUACUGUUCACCGAUGGACAGAGCAACCACGUCGCCGCUUACUGCGGUAACUCCGUCCGAGCCGUACAGAGAUACCCGCAUCCGUCACACAGUAGCCAGGUAUGCCGUCCGCCACUACUCCAUGGCUCCUUGCCGUGGCUGGACGGAAGCAAAGAUCUCGGGACGCACCACAACUCUUCGCCCUGGAACUUGAGCCCCUUCCCCAAAUCCUCUCUACACCACGCUUCCCCCGGAGCCCUUUCCGUGUACCCGCCAGCAUCCUCAUCCUCCCUGUCCAUCGGCCACUCCAGCCCACACCUCUUCACUUUACCCCCGACCCCUCCGAAAGAUGUCUCCCCGGAUCCGAGAAUCUCUAGGCCGGGAUCGAACAGUUCCGGUCGCCAGGAGGAAAAAGACUGCGUAAAAUACCAGUCGUCCAUGUCGGAAAGCAUGAAAAUGGAGACAUCUCACUGCCGGACUAUAGCGGCGCCUUCCUCCCACCACCCCAUCGCAUCUUACCCAUCUUAUGUGCCCGACUAUGGCUCGGGCCUCUUCCCACCGAGUAGCCUGAUAGGUGGGUCAUCUUCUAGUUACGGUUCCAAAACAAGACCAAAAUCAAAGCCCUGUUCAGAAGGCAGAGAGUGCGUUAACUGCGGAGCUACCUCCACCCCUCUCUGGAGGAGAGAUGGCACAGGUCACUAUUUAUGUAACGCCUGUGGACUCUAUCACAAGAUGAACGGACAGAACCGGCCGUUAAUUAAACCAAAGAGACGUCUGUCUGCAGCCAGACGGGCGGGUACCGCGUGCGCAAACUGUCAAACGUCCACAACUACGCUUUGGAGGAGAAAUGCCAACGGGGACCCGGUCUGUAACGCAUGCGGGCUAUACUUCAAGCUUCACAACAUUAACCGCCCCCUGACCAUGAAGAAGGAGGGAAUCCAGACCCGGAACCGAAAGAUGUCCGGCAAGUCGAAGAAUCGCAGGAAGUCCCACGACGGCGUGGAGCACUCGUCCAAAAGCGGCCCCUUCGGCUCCAUGGGGCUGUCCCGCCACCUCCCCUCCCUGCCCCCGUUCUCGCACUCGGGGCACAUGCUGACUGCGCCCGUGUCUAUGCACCCCUCGUCUGGCUUACCGUUCGCCCCUCAUCACCACUCCAGCAUGGUGACUGCUAUGGGAUAAGCCCCCCUGUACCCCCACCUCCUUGUAGCUCUCCAAAUAUGUGCGGCCAGACGCUUGAGAGACCACCCUCCAAAAGACUGACCCAUGUCCUGGGAAACUGUCCCUCUGCUCUGGGAUUGUCCCUUUGCCCAGAGAGACUAUCCCUUUGCUCAGAGUGACUAGCCCUUUGCCCAAAGAGGCUAGCAUUUUACCCAGAGAGACUAGCCUUUUGCCUAGAGAGACCAGCCCUUUGGCCAAAGAAACUAGCCCUUUGCCCAGAGAAACUAGCCCUUUGCUCCAAGAGACUAGCCCUUUGCUCCGAGAGACUAGCCCUUUGCCCAGAGAGACACCGCCACACUCGGAGGCUGUGUACUUGGAUGUGGUGAAAUUUGGCCUCAUUUGUGUGACGUUGCAGAAGCCAUUUCUCACAAAGAUGGCGAGGUAAAACAGCCCAGACCUCUGGCAACCCCGUUAAACGGGGUUCCCUCCUUCUGCGAAAAUGAUACAAGUAAACUUUUGAUGCAUUGGUACAGAAUGUAUGAAGUACCGUAUGUUCAUUGAAGGCUUUCUUAAAGUGUCCAUGAGCUGCUGCAAGAGGAGUGUGAGAUACAUUAGUCAGACUAAGGCCCUUGUCUGGAGACCAAGGCCAACUCCGUCCCCAGGGACACACAUUUGAAGGUAAAUGGAGGGAUUGACCACACCCAACGCAUCUCAGCUGAGCUUCAGGUCUAACACAAUAUGCACACACACAGUGCACACACACAUUUCUGGCUGGCCCACGAUCAUGUGCAUUUGUGAACAAGUUUCUGUAUUUGUCAUUUGUAUGUAUAAUUCAGAGUACCAAAAAUAUGUUUUAAAAAACAAAGAUGUUGAAUUAUUUCCUAAUUUAAUGCGAACUGGCUUGUGUUCAAAAAAAGACUGCUUUUCGUUUUUGUAAUAAUGUUUUUCCUUUGGAAAAAAAUAAACAACUUUGAACUCUGUUGACUUCA